AUGAUACGAUUUCAUAGUACAAUUAGCAAGAGUCGAUUUGCAAAAGAAAAUGGAAAAUGUUCUUCAUCGUUAAAAGUAACGCUGGUAUGUCUCAAAUGUGAUCUUAUGGACUCGUCAGGUGGAAACCGAAUGUGCAAACAUUUAUCUAAACGGCCAAAUCACGGCUGCAAAGUAAUUCAAGUCAAAGACAUCAACGGCAAAGAUCAAGUGGUUCCAGUUGCUGAGAACUUGAAAUCAAAAACUACAGAGAUUGUCGAGCAUCUGGAAGAGAUUCUUUCCACCACAAGUGUGCAAAAUCAACAUUUUCUGAAUAGUCGGAAAGCCGCAUGGUCUUACAACGAGCAGCGGUUAAUAAACUUACGACAGGAGCAGCUUCGACAUGAGGCCGCGGUGCGUGUGGACAAAGACCGCCAGCUACAGGCGAGUCUGCGGGACGAGGAGGUGUUUGAGAGGCGGAGGAACCUGCAGCAGGUGCGCCAAGAGCACAACCAAAAACAAAUGGAAAACGCCAUUCUCAAGGCUAAAGGAGAUAAAAUAAACAGACAAAUGCAGAUAGAACAGGAAGAACGAAUUGCAAAAGAGCUUUCACGCAUCAACUGUGAAAAGCAAAGGGAAGAGAAAAUUCGUCAGCAUAUUAAAGAGAACAGCACAGAACUCAGAGAACUUGAGUCAAAAUUGAGGUUUGCUUAUAUGAAUAAGGAGAGAGCAGCGCAAAUUGCUGAGCAAGAAGCCCUGAAAUUUGAUUCAAUGCGAUCAGAAGCAGACUUUGCACGGAAGAUGCAAAUGGAAGAAGAACUGGCUAGUCUUGAAGAGAAGAAGCUUCAGCAGAGACGACAUGAGGAGGCAAUUCGUUAUCAACAAGAGCUGGAUGACCAACUCAUGGAGCGACAGAACAAGAAACAAGAAGCUUAUGACGAGUUUCUCAAAGAAAAACUUAUGGUGGAUGAGAUUAUUAGAAAGAUUUACGAAGAGGAUCAAAUGGAAAGACGGCUGAAGUUGGAAAAGGUCAAAGCCACUAAAGAACCACAUUGA